UUGAGAGAGAGAGAGAGAGAGAGAGUGAUAAUUGACUGAUAAGUUUGUUUUGUUAAUUAAGCUUUGCUUCAACUGGGUAUUGAAGAAUGCAUAGUUCUCCCAAGCUGGCAAUAUCUUUUACAAUCUGUGUCUAUUGUUUUCUUCAUCUUCUACCAUUCGUUGCCUGUUUUUCCUAUGAAGAUGGAAAUCGAUCAUCCAACAGUCACAAGCUCAAGAAAACCAACUCUCACGAGUUGAGUCCUCAGAUGAUAUCCCAUAUUACAAUUCAUGGGCUUCUUCUAUGGAUUUCGAUGGGGUUCUUAAUGCCUGCUGGGAUACUUGCCAUCAGAAUGUCAAGCAGAGGGGAACAAGGAUCAAUUAGGGCCAAAGUCUUCUACUAUCUCCAUUUUAUUUUGCAGAUGCUUUCAGUUCUUCUGGCUACAGUUGGGGCCGUGAUGUCUAUAAAACACUUCGAGAAUUCAUUCAACAAUAGUCAUCAAAGGAUAGGUCUAGUACUCUAUAGUGCCAUAUGGAUACAAGGCAUGAUCGGAUUUUUCAGGCCUCAGAGGGAGAAGAAGGGAAGGAAGAUGUGGUACUUUGUUCAUUGGAUCCUUGGAACUUUGAUAUCACUUGUUGGUAUCAUAAACAUUUACACAGGAUUAGAGGCCUACCAUAAGAAAACGUCUAGAAGCACAAGACUUUGGACCAUCCUUUUCACAGUGGAGGUCUCUCUCAUUGCUUUCUUUUACCUCUUCCAAGACAAAAAGGAUUACAUGCAAAAGCAAGGAGUAAUUCUCGACAAUCUUGAAUCUAUUGCUCCUCAUCAAGAAAGUGGCAUAAUUCCUCAAAGGCACAAUCAAAAGGAGUUGUUGCCUGAGCCAUGUGGAAAGCGGAAUGCACUCAGGAACUUGUUUGACUAACUUGGGAUUCUUUUUAUGCCUUUUAGAAUUCCCAAUAAGAUUUCCUUUUCUUUUCUUUUUUUUUCC